AUGUCGCAGCUCGAGAGCCAUGUCACGGUUCAGAAGCGAGCUUACUACUCUCCGCCAUGGGCAGACGUGAGCAUCAUUGCCAUCGCUGGCAGCUCGGGCUCCGGCAAGUCGACGCUGUCUCAGACUAUUGUGAAGAAGCUCAACCUGCCCUGGGUUGACUCGUUCUAUAAGACAUUGACCCCUGCCCAGUCCAAAUUGGCUUUUGCCAACGAAUACGACUUCGACUCACCAGACGCCAUUGAUUUCGAUGCCCUCAUCAGCUCUCUACGGGAUUUGAAAGCUGGAAAGCGAGCAGAGAUUCCGGUGUACUCUUUCGCUCAUCACGCACGACUGGAGAGGACCACAUCCAUCUAUUCCCCGCACGUCCUCGUUUUGGAAGGCAUCUUUGCCCUCUACGACCCGCGGGUCCGUGAGCUAUGCGAUAUGGGAAUCUAUUGUGAGGCUGAUGCAGACACUUGUUUGUCGAGGAGAAUUGUUCGAGAUGUCCGGGAACGAGGGCGAGACGUCGAGGGCUGCAUAAAGCAGUGGUUCGCCUUUGUGAAGCCCAACUUUGAAAAGUACGUCGAGCCACAGCGCAAAGUGGCAGACAUUAUCAUUCCGAGAGGCAUCGAGAAUCAGGUAGCGCUUGACAUGAUGACUCAGUUCAUCGAGAAGAAGCUGUUUGAAAAGUCAACUCACCACCGCGAGGCUUUGGCCAGACUGGAGGCCAAGGGCAAGGAGGAGCCUCUCUCCGACCGUGUCGUAGUCAUGAGCGAAGGGCCUCAGAUCAAAUUCAUGAACACCAUCCUCCAGGACAUCGACACGUCAGCCGAAGACUUUAUCUUUUACUUUGAUCGCCUUGCCGCCUUGAUCAUUGAACAGGCCCUGAACAACGUCCACUUUGAAGAAGCAACGAUUGAGACGCCACCGGGUUACAAGUACAACGGUUUAUGCCCCAAGGGAGAGGUCAGCGCCGUGAUUGUGCUCCGGGGAGGAUCGGCCUUUGAGCCAGCUCUCAGAAAGACGAUUCCGGACUGCAGGACGGGACGGCUUCUGAUCCAAUCCAGCUAUUCAACCGGCGAACCAGAGCUUCAUUACCUGCGCCUGCCAGAAGAUAUCCACGAGCAUGAGAGCGUGCUCUUGUUAGACACACAAAUGGCCAGCGGAGGAGCAGCUCUUAUGGCUGUUCAAGUCCUCGUCGACCACGGCGUCGCCCUGGAACGUAUCGUCUUGGCCACUUAUUCCGCCGGAAAAGUUGGCUUGCACAGGUUGAUGACGGUGUUCCCAGAGAUCACGGCCGUGGUGUGCAAUCUGCUGCCCCACGCGGAGCAGCGCUGGGUGGAAAAGAGAUAUUUCCGUUGUUGA